UACCAUCUGUUCAAUCUUGUCCUUUUUAACUUUUUCAGGGAAACUUCCCCCAGGUGAUAGAUGGAUAGAUACAUGAGAUAGAUAUAACGCAUACGAUCAGUUCAAUCUUGUCCUUUUUAACUUUUUCAGAGAAACUUCCCCUAAGUGGACAUUUAAUUUGAAUUACGUCCUGUUAAACUGUUCUCCAGGAAAAUAAAAUAAAAUAAAUCUCCAAGUUUUUGUUUACCUAAGUUUGUUGUGUCGAACAAACCUUCCUACUUUUCAGGUAACAAAACGGCAGCUUAGGCGAGAAAGCCGCUCAUACUCGCAGGUACAAGGGCUGGGUAAGAACGCCCCGCCUCGCUGACUAGCUUCAGUUCCGCGCUCUGGACAGGAAUUAUGCACAGGGCGUCGCUGUGGCACUAGAAACCCCAAAGUCACAAGCGCCCCAGAUCCGACCAGGAUGCCGCUAUUGGCUACAGCCCAGAAGCCCGCUCCUGCGCAGCAAGCCCGCCUUCCUGAAGAAGGAGCCCAGUCCCGGCAGCGUUCUUCUCCGGCUCCGCCUUCUUCCGCUCGACUUUCUUUGCCAUUGGCUGACAACGGAGUAUAUAAGGACGUCAUUUCCUGUCUCCUGUCCUUUCCGCGCUAUCUGCAGAGGGAUCCAUACGGCGUUGUUCUGGAUUCCCGUCGUAACUUAAAGGGAAACUUUCACAAUGUCCGGAGCCCUUGAUGUCCUGCAAAUGAAGGAGGAGGAUGUCCUUAAGUUCCUUGCAGCAGGAACCCACUUAGGUGGCACCAAUCUUGACUUCCAGAUGGAACAGUACAUCUAUAAAAGGAAAAGUGAUGGCAUCUAUAUCAUAAAUCUGAAGAGGACGUGGGAGAAGCUUCUGCUGGCAGCUCGUGCUAUUGUUGCCAUUGAAAACCCUGCUGAUGUCAGUGUUAUAUCCUCCAGGAAUACUGGCCAGAGGGCUGUGCUGAAGUUUGCUGCUGCCACUGGAGCCACUCCAAUUGCUGGCCGCUUCACUCCUGGAACCUUCACUAACCAGAUCCAGGCAGCCUUCCGGGAGCCACGGCUUCUUGUGGUUACUGACCCCAGGGCUGACCACCAGCCUCUCACGGAGGCAUCUUAUGUUAACCUGCCUACCAUUGCGCUGUGUAACACAGAUUCUCCUUUGCGCUAUGUGGACAUUGCCAUCCCAUGCAACAACAAGGGAGCUCACUCAGUGGGUUUGAUGUGGUGGAUGCUGGCUCGGGAAGUUCUUCGCAUGCGUGGCACCAUUUCCCGUGAACACCCAUGGGAGGUCAUGCCUGAUCUGUACUUCUACAGAGAUCCUGAAGAGAUUGAAAAAGAAGAGCAGGCUGCUGCUGAAAAGGCAGUGACCAAGGAGGAAUUUCAGGGUGAAUGGACUGCUCCAGCUCCUGAGUUCACUGCUACUCAGCCUGAGGUUGCAGACUGGUCUGAAGGUGUACAGGUGCCCUCUGUGCCUAUUCAGCAGUUCCCUACUGAAGACUGGAGCGCUCAGCCUGCCACAGAAGACUGGUCUGCAGCUCCCACUGCUCAGGCCACUGAAUGGGUAGGAGCAACCACUGACUGGUCUUAAGCUGUUCUUGCGUAGGCUUUUAAGCAACAUGGAAAAAUGGUUGAUGGAAAAUAAACAUCAGUUUCUAAAA